GUUUACUUCGUAGUAUUAUAUAAGUUGACAACAAACUCUCCUGUUUUUCUGAAAAAAGGUACAGAGAAAAGAGAGGAAAAUGGGAGGAGAAGAGAAGACUAAGAAGAUUUCAGCAGCAUCAGCUAGAGCUCACACCCGCAAAUCUAAUCCUAAAUCAUUUUCUUUAGGUGUGUAUGGCAAAAUUCUUGUGGUUGUGAUUGUGGCUUGCUUGGCAUGGGCUGACAAGGCUCUCCGCCCUCCCCCGCCAAAAGUCUUAGGUUCUCCCGGCGGUCCGCCGAUAACGGCACCGAGGAUCAAGCUCAGGGAUGGAAGACAUUUGGCGUACAAAGAAUACGGUGUACCAAAUGAGAAAGCCAAACACAAAUUUAUCUUCAUUCAUGGAUUUGACUCAUGCAGGCUUCAUGCUUUUAUUGCCACUGAACUUUCUCCCGAUACGAUUGAAACCUUGGGGUUAUAUAUUGUGGGAUUCGAUAGACCCGGGUAUGGAGAAAGUGACCCGGACCCAAAUCGAACACCGAAAAGUCUUGCAUUAGAUGUAGAAGAGUUAGCGGAUCAACUUGGUUUAGGCCCUAAAUUCUAUGUGGUUGGCUACUCCAUGGGUGGAGAAGCUGUAUGGGGUUUGCUCAAGUACAUUCCUCACAGAUUAGCAGGAGCGUCGUUGGUAACACCUGUUGUCAACUAUUGGUGGUCCAAUUUACCAACGCAAUUGACGAAUGAUGCAUAUCACUACAAGCAACUUCCACAGGAUAAAUGGUCAUUGCGAGUUGCACACUAUGCACCUUGGCUAACUUAUUGGUGGCAGACUCAAAAAUUGUUCCCUCCUUCAAGUGUUAUUGAGCAUAGUCGUGAGAUUUUGUCUCGUCAAGAUAAAGAACUCAUGCCAAGAUUUGAGAACCCUGCAAAUGCGGUUUCUGUGAGGCAGCAAGGUGUACAUGAAUGCAUCCAUAGAGAUAUGAUAGUUGGAUUUGGAAAAUGGGAAUUUGAUCCAAUUGAAUUGGAAAAUCCAUUUCCAAAUAAUGAAGGAAUUGUUCAUCUUUGGCAAGGCGAUGAAGAUAUGCUUGUGCCAGUGACGCUGCAACGUUAUAUAGCUCAACAAUUGCCGUGGAUUCAAUACCAUGAGCUACCAGGGGCUGGACACUUGUUCCCUUAUGCUAAGGGAAUGAGUGAUGCUAUUGUCAAAGCACAAUUAUCUAUUGAGAUUUGAGAACUAGAGUAGUAAACAUCAUUUAUAUACCUGUUUGUUCAAAUAUGUGCUCUGAGUAAGUGAUAAGUUUGUUAUUAUCAUCUCUCUUUUUUUGAUAUAUCAUUUGCUUUGUUGACACAAUUUAUCAAUCAAGUGUGCGUCUUUGGUUA